ACAGAGGUCCCUCCGCCCGAAAAGUAGUUCCGCACAAAAAGAAGUUCUCCCGGACCUGCACAAACGCGCCCGCUGCGUUGCCCUGGGAAUCCGCGUUGCUCGAGGCGGGUCUUCGCGGCCGGCGGCGGCUGACGCGCACUUCCGGAGGAAUUCCACACCAUGUUGGGCUCUGGUUUCAAGGCUGAGCGCUUGCGAGUCAAUUUGCGUCUUGUCAUCAAUCGCCUCAAGUUGUUGGAGAAAAAGAAAACUGAGCUAGCUCAGAAAGCCCGGAAGGAAAUUGCAGACUAUCUGUCUGCUGGCAAGGAUGAGCGGGCCCGCAUCCGAGUGGAGCACAUCAUUCGGGAGGACUAUCUGGUGGAGGCCAUGGAGAUCCUGGAGCUGUACUGUGAUCUGCUUUUGGCACGCUUUGGCCUCAUUCACUCCAUGAAGGAACUGGACUCUGGCCUAGCUGAAGCCGUCUCUACUCUCAUCUGGGCAGCCCCCCGACUGCAGUCAGAGGUGGCUGAGCUGAGAAUCGUCGCUGACCAGCUGUGUGCCAAGUACAGCAAGGAGUAUGGCAAGCUGUGCCGAACCAACCAGAUUGGGACCGUCAAUGACAGGCUGAUGCAUAAGCUGAGCGUUGAGGCACCUCCCAAAAUCCUGGUGGAGCGCUACUUGAUUGAGAUUGCCAAGAACUACAACGUGCCGUACGAGCCGGACUCCGUGGUCAUGGCUGAGGCUCCUACUGGUGUGGAGGCAAACCUGAUUGAUGUGGGAUUCGUGGAUGACUCAAAGAAGGGCGGUCACGGAGGUGGGGGCGGUUUCAUGACCCCUUUGCCCUGUCCUGAUGGAGUUGUGCCCAUGCCGAUGCCUUCUCCAGCUCCACCUUUCUCCUACCCACCUCCCAAGGGGCCGGAGAACUUCAAUGGGCUUCCAGUGGGCACGUACCAGCCCUUUACUAGCCUUCACCCCCCUCAGAUUCCAGCGACUCCCCCGACAUAUGAGUUCAUUGAUGACAUCAGUGCUGACAAGGCUGUGCCCUCUGCACAGACACUGGGUCCCAGCCCAAAGCCCGCACCCAGGGGGCGCCCCCCCGUUCCUGCAUCCAGUUCCGGGGAUAACUUUGUUCUCCCAGAGCUGCCAUCUGUGCCAGACACACUGCCCGUGGCCUCUGCUGGCACCAGCACCUCCGCCUCGGAAGACAUUGACUUUGACGACCUCUCUCGCAGGUUUGAGGAGCUGAAGAAGAAAACCUAAGAGCACCUGGGGCGGGCUGGAUCACCGCUUCCCCUGUUAGCAGCAUGCCUGCGUGCUCUCUUCUCCUCCUCCUCUUCCUCCUCUUGGCUUUCUCCCUGCUAUACUUACACCAAACGCCACUGCUUUUCCAAUGCCCUCCAUUGUGCUCCAGAAGGGGGCCUGCAGAGCCUCCUUGAGACGGGAGCAGGGAAGAACUCCAUUUGGCCUGAGUUGCCCCAGAAAAGCUUUGCUUUGCUCUCUGGGAAGGGGAAGGGGGUGGUGCUGUUAGUGUCUCAUCUGGACCAAGGGCAGUUUAGCAACACCCGCCAGAAAGUUCUGGGCAGCCUGAUGGAACAGACGCUCCUUCAGGGGGUGCUGCAGAAGGCGGGCUGCCUUGAUGCCCCCUAGCGUUGUGUGGCCUGCGACAUUCUCAGGGAGCCCUUUAGGGCCUUAUGACGUUCCUGCAGGGCGGAAGGCCGGGGAUGAGUGAACGUGGGGGCCACGCCUGCCUGGGCAGCUCUUGGCUCUGUGAUGGGUCCUCUUGCAGCUGGUGGAGAAGCAGGCGCCCUCUUCUGCCUCUGACAGAUCCUGGUUCUGCCUUAACGUGGCCCAGAGAAGGUCCCGUCUGGGUUUGGGGCCACCACUUGACUUGCGCGUCGUUGCUUCUGGCACUCCAGCCAUUUAUCUGGCCACUGGGAAGGCCACAGGUGGCAGGAUUCCGACAGCUGCCGCUGUGGACCACUUUUGCUCUCCGUUGUUACAUCUCUGUGCACCAGUUUCACAUGGCUUUUCUGGGACGAUUUGGUGGGUUUAUACCUUCUCUAUUCUAAAUAAAGUUGAGGAAUAGUC